CUAUCUAACGGAGUAUCCAAGAAUUAAUUAGUUUGAUCCAAGAUCAGGAGCUUGAUCGGGUGUGAAGAAAUAUUUUCGUCACUAAUUUUUGUAAUCGAGUCACAACUUUUUUUAACAGUGGACAAUUUUGAAACCUCGGAAACUUGCAAGAUGCCUCCCGUUGGGGUACCUCUGGUCAUCGAGAAGAAAAAAUGGGCAGUUCGUGCCUCAGAAUUUGCGAAAUCUACCUUCAACCCGAUCCGUUUCAUCGUGGACAGCAUGAAAAUGGAGCAGCAUCCAGAUAAAUACAUGAUUUCUUUGUCAAUUGGCGAUCCUACAAUUUUUGGGAAUUUAAAGCCUCACAACGCAACAAUUGAAGCAGUUCAUAAUGCCUUGGACAAGAUGACGUUCAACGGUUACGCUCCGACCGUGGGGUAUUUUGAGGCGAGAUCUGCAGUUGCAGAAUUUUACACCACUCCUGAAACCAUCAUCAGCCCGAAUGACGUGAUAUUGUCCAGUGGAUGCACACAUGCCUUAGAUUUAUGUAUUUCCGCCCUGGCCAGCCGAGGACAAAAUAUUUUGAUGCCGCGACCUGGAUUCUGUAUGUACAGGACCCUGGCUAGAGGACAUGGAAUUCAUUCAAAAUUUUACAACUUAAAGCCUGAGGCUUCUUGGGAAAUAGAUCUCGCCCAUUUGGAAUCACUUAUCGACGGGAACACCGUUGCAAUAAUUGUAAAUAAUCCGAACAAUCCGUGCGGAUCGGUGUACAGUAAGGAACACUUGCUGGGCAUUCUCCAAAUUGCGAGCCGUUAUUGUUUGCCCAUCAUUGCGGACGAGAUAUACGAUUUUUUCAUUUUCAAAGGUGAAGAAUUUCAUCCGAUGGCGAGCUUGAGUAAAAACGUGCCCAUUUUAACGUGCGGUGGAAUAGCAAAAAGAUUUCUAGUUCCUGGUUGGAGAAUGGGAUGGGUAUUGAUUCACGAUAGAAACAACGUAUUAAACGUGGAGGUUCGAGGUGCACUGAACGCCUUGACCCAACGAAUUAUGGGGAGCAACACGUUAGUGCAAGGUGCCCUCCCCGAUAUGUUGAGAAACACGCCAAAAUCAUUUUUUGCCGAGACAAUUGCAACGGUUCAGACCAAUGCAGAAAUUGCAUUUGAGAAGCUGCAGCAAUGCCCAGGACUUUUUCCAGUUAAGCCACAGGGAACCAUGUACAUGAUGAUUGGUAUUGAAAUGGCCUCAUUUCCGGAAUUUGCGACUGAAUUUCAAUUCGUGGAAAGACUUGUUUCAGAACAAUCGGUAUCUUGCCUUCCUGGAAAGUGCUUCGAGUACCCUGACUAUUUUCGGAUAACCCUAACAAUCCCGAAAGAACAGCUUUUAGUAGCUAUGAAUCGAAUUAUAGAAUUCUGCUAUGAUCACUACAUUGAGGAAAGGAAUGUGGCUUCUAAUAUCGUUUUAAUAAAGGAAGAACAGGUACACACAUUGGAUCAAACAAUUCCUCAUGGUUUUCAUACCUGAGAAAUGGCAAAGUCGUAACUGAGCUUAUCAAAAAACGAAAAAUGUCGCACCUUUUACAUUUAUUUGUAGUUUGUUUUACAUAUAUUGAACUUCCUUAAGAUUAUAGUGGGCUUAAUUAUGUUGUUCUUCACGACCUUUAAAACAUUAUAUUUAGUAUAUUAUAAACUAAAGAUAAAUCUAAAUAACUUUUGCUACAUUAAAACCCAACACAUAGUAAUUCUAACAGGGUAGUUGAAUAGAAAUGAUUCGUUAUAUAUUUGUAUGCAUAAGUAAGCCAAAAUGUGCAAAUCAAUUAAGAAGCAUUACGGGAAGUUUUGGAUUCUCUUAUGGAUACGUAAAUUAGUUCAUACAUUUUUAGGGACGAAAUUUAGAAACUUUCAGCUUAUAACAUACCUACAAUUUUAACAACAUUAUCAAUAUGUAAGUAUUAGCAUUAAUAUUUA